GCCCAUGGAGUAGGUGGUGGUGGUGGUGAGCACACAGCCGCCUCCCCCCACCCAGAUGGAGCGGGUGGUGGUGAGCAUGCAGGACCCUGACCGGGGCGUGAAGAUGCGGAGCCAGCGCCUGCUUGUCACUGUCAUCCCCCACAUGGUGACAGGUGCUGACCUCGUGGAGUGGCUGGUCCAGAAGUUUUGUGUCACCGAGGAGGAGGUGCUGCACCUGGGCACCCUCCUGCUGCGCCAUGGCUACCUCUACCCCCUGCGUUCCCCCUGCUGCCUGGAGCUGCGGCCUGAUGACACACCCUACAGGUUCCAGACACCUUACUUCUGGGUGAGCACCCUGAGGCCGGCUACUGAGCUGGACUAUGCCAUCUACCUGGCCAAGAAGAGCUUCCGGAAGCAGGGUGCCCUGCUGGAGCAUGAGAAGGAGCACUACGGCCAGCUGCAACGGAAGGUCAGCCACAUGUGGGACCUGGUGGUGACGCAGGCCAGAGAGCAGCUGCGGGCAUCGAAGCAUCGCAGGAAGGGCGACAGGCUGGUCAUCACGUGGCAAGAGCAGACCUACUGGCUGGUGAACAGGCCCCCACCUGGGGUCCCCAGUGUGCUGGAGCAGGGGCCAGAGCAGGGUUCCCACAGUGCUAAGAGAGAGCUGAGGACCAAGGACUCAGGCUUCUACAGACAGGAGAUCGAAUGCAUCAGGAAAGCCCUGAGCAGGGCCCGUGUGAAGUCUUCCAUCUGCCUUGAGGCGUACCUGAAGUUUAGUGACCAGUACAAGCCACAUGACCCCAUCAUGUCGGGGUGCCUGCCCAGCAACCCCUGGAUCACGGACGAUGAUGCCUACUGGAUCAUGAACGCACCCAGUGUGGCCAUGCCCACGAGGCUGCGUGUGGAGCGCUGGGCCUUCAGCUUCUGGGAGCUGCUGGGAGACUCCAUGGGCCGCACCCACUUCCUGGAAUUUCUGGGGAAGGAGUUCAGCGCCGAGAACCUCUGCUUCUGGGAAGCCUGUGAGGAACUGCGUCAUGGAGCCCAGGCCCAGCUGUCCCACCGGGUGGAUGCUGUGUAUCAGCAGUUCCUGGCACCGGGCGCAGCACGCUGGGUCAACGUGGAUAGCCGCACAAUGGAGCUCACGCUGGGGGGGCUGCGGCAGCCUCACCGCUACGUGCUGGACCUGGCGCAGAUGCAUAUCUACAUGCUCAUGAAGAAGGACUCCUACCCCAGGUUCCUCAAGUCUGACCUGUACAGAGGCCUGCUGGCUGACGCCCUGGUGCCCCCAGAAACCAGGAGGCGGGUGUUUCCAUUCAUGUGGAAGCCACGGCAUUCGAACCCUAGCCCUGCACUCCUGCCCACUAGUGUGGAGCUGGCCUCUGGAAAGUCAGCUAUUAUCCCCGACGACGACGGUGGUAGCCAGGAGGUGUAGCCCUCUGUCCCCAGCUCAGGCUGCAUAAGCUGGUCCAGGGAGGGAGCCUGCGUGCAGGUGGGGCAGGAGCCCCCGGGAUGAUGAAGUCAAGCAGGGCCAGAUCCGAGUCUCUAUCCUCAGUUCUGAACCUGAAGCCCACUCCCCCUGUGAACCACCGGAUGAGAGACCCACGUCCCCUGUCACAUGGGGCGCAUCAG